AUGCCUGCCGUCAAGGAAUCAGUCCUUGGCCGCCGGGCCGCCGCCAGCCCGCCCCUCGCGGACCCGGCGCCGCUGGCCAAGAAGCAGCCGCCGCCGCCGCCGCAGCCGCUCGACAUCAUCGACAUCCGCGACGGCCGCGAGUCGUGCUUCAACCUCAAGGACGAGGUCGCCUCGAUGCUCAACCCCGUCCACGGCCCGCGCAAGCUGCCGACGCUUCUGCUCUACGACGAAAAGGGCCUGCAGAUGUUCGAGGAGAUUACCUAUCUGGACGAGUACUACUUGACCAACUACGAGAUCGAGCUGCUCAAACAGUCGGCGGCCGAGCUGGCGAGCAAGAUCCCCGCGGGAGCCGUGGUUGUUGAACUGGGGAGCGGCAACCUGCGCAAGGUCUGUCUGCUGCUGCAGGCCCUUGAAGAUCAGGCCAAGCCCGUCGACUACUACGCCCUCGACCUGUCGCAGCGCGAGCUGGAGCGCACCCUGGCCCACGUCCCCGACUUCCGCCACGUCGCCUGCCACGGCCUGCUCGGCACCUACGACGACGGCCGCGAGUGGCUCAAGCAGCCCCGGAUUCUCGAGAGGCCCAAGUGCAUCCUCCACAUCGGGUCCAGCAUCGGCAACUUCCACCGCGACGACGCAGCCGACUUCCUGCAGGGCUUUUCCCAGCUCUUGCGCCCCGAGCGCGACGUUAUGAUUGUCGGCGUCGACUCCUGCUGCGACCCGGACAAAGUCUACCGCGCAUACAAUGACAGCCUGGGACUCACCCACGAGUUCUACCUCAACGGCCUGGCGCACGCCAACGAGAUCUACGGCGAGCAAGUCUUCCGCGUCGACGAGUGGAAGGUCGUGGGCGAGUACGUCUACGACCGCGACGGCGGCCGCCACCAGGCCUUCCUCACGCCGCUCCGGGACAUGACGGUCCUCGGGGCCGCCCUCGACCCGCACGAGCGCAUCCAGAUCGAGCAGAGCCUCAAGUACUCCAAGCACGGCUCCGACAAGCUGUGGAAGCAGGCCGGCCUGAGCGAGGUGGCGUGCUGGCGCCGGGGCGACGAGUAUGGCCUCCACAUCCUGCAGCGCGCCACGCUCCCCUUCUACAGGAACCCGUCGCUCUACGCCACGGCGCCGCUGCCGUCCAUCAAAGACUGGGAGGCCGCGUGGGAGGCCUGGGACGCGGUGACGCGAGACAUGCUGCCGCGCCAGUCGGUCGACGAGAAGCCCAUCAAGCUGCGCCACGCGUGCAUCUUCUACCUGGGUCACAUCCCGACCUUUCUCGACAUCCAGCUGUCCAAGGCGACGGGCGAGCCGGCCUCGGAGCCGAGCCUGUUCCCCGCCAUCUUCGAGCGCGGCAUCGACCCGGACGUCGACAACCCGGAGCACUGCCACGCCCACUCGGCCGUGCCCGACGAGUGGCCCGCCGUCGACGAGAUUGCCGACUACCAGGUCCGCGUCCGGGCCCGCCUGCGCCGCCUCUAUGGCGACGGCGGCCGCGGCGGCGCUGCGGUCGAUAUGCCCCGGCACGUCGCCCGCGCCGUCUGGGUCGGCUUCGAGCACGAGCUGAUGCACCUCGAGACGCUGCUGUACAUGAUGCUGCAGAGUGAUAAGACGCUGCCGCCCCCCAAUGCGCCCCGUCCCGACUUUGCCCUCGCGGCAGAAGAAGCCGCCCGGGCCCGGGUCCCGAACCAGUGGUUCGACGUGCCCGCCCAGACCAUCGCCGUCGGCAUGGACGACCCGGAGGACGGCACCGAUCCGUCCCGUCACUUUGGCUGGGACAAUGAGAAGCCAGCCCGCACCGCGACGGUCCAUGCUUUCCAGGCUCAGGGGCGGCCCAUCACCAACGAAGAGUACGCCCAGUACCUGUACAACUCCAACAUCGACCAGAUCCCGGCAUCCUGGUCCAGCCUAGACACGACCAGCGGCCAGGGGUCCAGCGGCUCCGCCACCCCCAUCGUCGCCGACGGCAACAACAAUGGCACCGCCGCCGUCAACGGCUCGGCCAACGCUGUCCAUUCGGCGCUGCCCGCAUCCUUCCUGCGCGGCAAGGCGGUAUGCACCGUCUACGGCCUCGUGCCCCUGGCCCACGCUCUCGACUGGCCCGUCUUCGCCUCCAUCUACGCCUACGUCGACGGCCUCAAGAAAGAGGCCUCCACCAAGAGCAGGCUGACCAAGAAGGUCCCGGCCGUCAACGGCCACCUCGUCAACGACGGCGUCGAGGAAACCCCCCCUACCGACCGCGGCACCGCAUCCCCCCCCGUCGGCGUCGCCUCCCCGGAGCUCUUCGCCGACCUCAGCGACGCCAACGUCGGCUUCCGCCACUGGCACCCCGUGCCGGUGACGGCCGAUGGCGGCUCGCUUGGCGGGCGCGCGGCCAUGGGCGGCCUCUGGGAGUGGACCAGCUCGCCCCUGUGCCGCCACCCGGGCUUCGAGCCCAUGUCGCUCUACCCGGCCUACACGGCCGACUUCUUUGACGGCAAGCACAACAUUGUCCUCGGCGGCUCCUGGGCCACCCACCCGCGCAUCGCCGGCCGCAAGAGCUUCGUCAACUGGUACCAGCGCAACUACCCCUAUGCCUGGGCUGGUGCCAGGCUCGUCCGGGACCUUCCGUGA